AUGUCAACCCACGCACCUCAAGCCCGCGCCCUCUACCGCCGUCUUCUCCGCGAACUCCCCGCCCGCUCACCCUCAAUCCUCGCAAACCCAUCUCCCAUUCAGAAACACAUCCGCCUUGACUUCUCGAACUCGCAAAGCAACAGCAACGAUGCUCUGUCGUUAGCGCACCAAGCACAAAAGCCCAUUGAACAUCGCUUCGCAGAGGCCGAGCAGUUCGCACAAUAUCUCACGGCGCAGAGGCAGUAUACGACGCUGAUCGAACGGUAUAACCCGGGAAUGAAUAUGAGUGAGGAGGACAAGGUUAGGUUGACGGCGCGGAGGGUUGGCAUGGAGUUGCCGGUAGACUUGAGGCAUGUGAAGGAAGAGUGA